UUUGUCUAGCUUGCCUCUACCCUCAUCCAUCUGUCUGUCCGUCCCGCUCCAGAGAAAAUGUGUACAGCCCUAGUGGGGUCCCUCUGGCGGUUGCCGUAGUCGCGCAGCCCCGACCCGGGGCUCCCGAGAGAAGAAAAUCAUGAAUGAAAUGGAUGCGGCGCUCCCACUCCCCCGCCCUCUCAGUCCAGGCAACCUUGGCAUAGGGGCGGCGCCAGUGGGGACUCCGCACAGAGUUGCGGCGGAUGAGGGGGCACAGGAGAUGGGAUCCGAUGUUAAGGGUCUGUGGUCCACCCCCUAGAGCUCUAGGCGAUGCCGGAGCUCCCCACCCCCACCCCGCCAAGCCGGCGAGCCCUGCGCAAUUCCCGGGGAGCGGCGCAAGCCCGUCCGGGGGCGGGGCGGAGCCCGGGCUGGGGGUGCCAAACGGACCCGGCAGCUGUGCCCGCGACUCUGUAGUCCAGGCGCAUUUGGUGGGGCGACUGGGCAGGGAGCAGGCAAGGAGAGCGGGACUGAGGACUCCGCGGACAGACCGACAGACGGACGCCCCCGCAUACGCAGACGCACCGAGCUCCGCACGGCCCCUGUCACACACAGACAGGGACACACGCAGACACGCACACUCGCGCGCUCACAUCCUCCCGCCAGCCUGCUUGUCCGCCGGCGCCUGGAGCCCGCUCUGGCCGUUUGCUUUUUGCUGAGGAAAACUCCCAGUCCUGGCCCCAGAUGGCACCUUUCCCCACCUGGAUACCUUGGGAAUGAAGUUUGAGGGAAUUAGGGGUGCUCUUAUAGUAAAGCAAGUUCAGGAUUCAGAGACUUCUCAACCCCAAUUCCCCUGGCCCCUACUUUAGCAGUCAAAUGUGCACAUCAUCAUCAUCGUCGUUGUCGUCGUCAUCAUCAUCACUAACAAAGGAAUCAGGAGACAGAAUGGCACAGUGGAGUGAGAAAGAGAGCCAGGCUGCUGAUGACUCCAAGGGAGGGACCCUGGACAUGUGCUGUAGUAAGAGGCUGUUGGGGUGGCAGCAUGGCCCACCAGUUGGAGAUCAGAUCCCUGGUCAAGAUAAACUACUUUCGAAGAAAAGGAGUACAGAAGACAGCAAAGGUCUGCCCCAGCCAGUAGAGAUGGGAGGUCUGGACGAGGGCGAAGGACUCCCCAGCAAGCAGAGAGAGCUGCCACCCCCGCCACCCUCACCGCCCUCUGAGCCAGCUCAGAAGCUGCCACCUCAAGGUGCCGGGAGCCACUCCCUCACAGUCAGAAGCAGCCUGUGCCUGUUUGCUGCCUCUCAGUUACUGCUUGCCUGUGGGGUGCUCUGGCUCAGUGGCCAUGGCCACUCCUGGCUGCAGACCACCACAGACCUCAUCUUCUCCUCGCUCACCGUGUUGAACCACCUGGGACCUGCAGCCUGGCUAGGUUCUGGGACCUGGGGGACACCAAGUCUGCUGUUAGUCUCUCUGACUGUGAGCCUGGGCAUCAUCACCACCCUGGUGUGGCACCUUCUCAAGACACCCCCAGAGCCACCUGUCCCACUGCCCCCAGAGGACAGACGACAAUCAGUGAGCCGGCAGCCCUCCUUCACUUACUCAGAGUGGAUGGAGGAGAAGGUAGAGGAUGACUUUCUGGACCUGGACGCAGUGCCGGAGACACCCGUGUUUGACUGUGUGAUGGACAUCAAGCCUGAGGCUGAUCCCACCUCGUUGACUGUCAAGUCCAUGGGUCUGCAGGAGAGGAGGGGCUCCAAUGUCUCCUUGACCCUGGACAUGUGUACUCCUGGCUGCAAUGAGGAGGGCUUUGGCUACCUGGUGUCCCCACGAGAGGAGUCAGCCCAUGAAUACCUGCUCAGUGCCUCCCGUGUCCUCCGGGCAGAGGAGCUGCACGAAAAGGCCCUGGACCCUUUCUUGCUGCAGGCGGAAUUCUUUGAAAUCCCCAUGAACUUUGUGGAUCCAAAAGAAUAUGACAUCCCAGGGCUGGUACGGAAGAAUCGGUACAAAACCAUCCUUCCCAAUCCUCACAGCAGGGUACGUCUGACGUCACCAGACCCUGAAGAUCCUCUGAGUUCCUACAUCAAUGCCAACUACAUCCGGGGCUACAAUGGGGAGGAGAAGGUGUACAUCGCCACCCAGGGACCCAUCGUCAGCACUGUGGCCGACUUCUGGCGCAUGGUGUGGCAGGAGCGCACACCCAUCAUCGUCAUGAUCACCAACAUCGAGGAGAUGAACGAGAAGUGCACGGAAUAUUGGCCAGAAGAGCAGGUCGUCCACGAUGGCGUAGAGAUCACUGUGCAGAAAGUCAUCCACACAGAGGACUACCGGCUGCGACUUAUCUCCCUCAGGAGAGGGACUGAAGAGAGAGGCUUGAAGCAUUACUGGUUCACAUCCUGGCCUGACCAGAAGACCCCCGACCGGGCACCCCCACUCCUGCACCUGGUACGGGAGGUGGAGGAGGCAGCCCAGCAAGAGGGACCCCACUGUUCCCCGAUCAUUGUUCACUGCAGUGCAGGGAUUGGGAGAACCGGGUGCUUCAUCGCCACCAGCAUCUGCUGCCAGCAGCUGCGACGUGAGGGCGUGGUAGACAUCCUAAAGACCACGUGCCAGCUCCGUCAGGACAGGGGCGGCAUGAUCCAAACAUGCGAACAGUAUCAGUUUGUGCACCACGCCAUGAGCCUCUAUGAGAAGCAGCUAUCCCUCCAGUCCUCAGAGUGACCACACUCUUCCUCUGAGAUCCACUGGGCACUGCCGAGUCUGAGGCUGGGGCUUCACCCCAACUACCCAAGGUCUUACCUUGGGUCCUGGGCCUGUUCCCUGGCUCUCCCCUUCAGUCUGCCCCCAUCUGUUGUCCUGGCCUGGUCCCUACCCCAAGCCUAGCUCUUCUACUGUACAUACUGCAGAGUUCGGGAGGGCAGGGGAGGAAUGUGCCAGGCCAGGCCUGGGGCCCCUGGGCCUGACCCACACUAUAUAGACCUGGGGCCUCAGUUUUAACCAUGAUUCCACAGCUACUUGGUCCAAAAUGUUUUCAUGCCACACCCCAAGUGUCCUACCACAACAUGUUCUGUCUGUCCAUCCAUCACAGCUAUCUGUACCAAACACUGUGUCCCCUCAGCCAGGAAAGGAGUACUGAUCUGAGCUCUCACCCCUCAGCCCUCACCCACAUCGCUAUUCCCAGACACCCACCCUGCUCCCCAGGCAGAGAUGUCUACCAAUCUCUGGCCUCACAGGAUGUGGAUGGUGGAGACCAGGCAGAGGAGAAUGUGGUGGUUGACCGAGAUCCCAGCUGAGAAGGUUCCCGGGCAAGGGUGGGCAUCUCUGGCCUAUGAGACACUGGAGAGAAAGAGGACAGAUAUAGUGGGAAACCCUAAGGAUCUGAGCCCUGAGGGGGCCCUCCAAGAGUAGGGUGGGGACAGCUCCAGACCUGCGAGGCAUCUUUCUGUGUCACUAUGGGAAACCCCAAAUGUCUCCUCGCUACAUGUUGCUCCGUGUGUUCCCUUGUCCAUGUGUGUGUUGAGAGCCCAUGAGCAGGGCAUGCAUGACUCUUUGGCAACAUGUGUUAUCUUGGAGCCACGUGUUUUUAUCGCUGACUUUAAAUAUUUAUUCCACGGCAUACAGAGACAUUUGGUGUCUUUUUAUAAUCUGCUCGUGGUCAUUGAAUAGAGCAAUAAACAGAGCAUUUUGAGCAAAA